GUAGGCGAGAUAAAUGUGCGUCACACCCGAGUAAACCCUAGCUAGGAGAUAAUAAACAUGACACAGUGCUUUAUUUGCGAGAAAACUGUUACCUGAUGCUUUGAAUGGCUGAACAGGAAAAACGAUAGAAGUAACGGAUUAUAUGUUACUGCUCAAAUUACAAUGAUUGCUUUAGUAUCUUUUAUGAGGAUCGCUCUUUUAUGCUUUAUGUUUUGGUAUAACUUGCCUGUGUCUUUGUUAAUCGGGCCCGGUCUGACUCGUUACCACUCAAGAACGGACAGCGAUGAUACAACCUCCUGGGAUUCCGCUCCCCUAUCUUUUGGGAGUGAUGGAAAUGCAUACGCUUAUUGGAAUUGUCAUCUUAUUCCACCAAAUAUGACACUGUGCAAAAGUGUCGGAUAUUCAAGGAUGGUAUUACCCAACUUCUUGCAACACGAAAGCAUACGGGAAGUAAUUCAACAAGCUAACGUUUGGGUAGCGUUAGUCAAUACCAACUGUCAUGCGGAUAUUCAACGAUUCUUGUGCUCCCUGUACGCUCCAGUUUGUUUGAAAAGUCACCAAGAAGCAAAGAUACCACCAUGCUGGGAACUGUGUGAUCAGGUGCGUACUGCGUGCUUACCGCGGAUGCGUUUAUUCGGGUUUGACUGGCCUGAAAUUGUGCAAUGCAGCAAGUUUCCAAAGCUGGCUGAGAGCAUGUGCAUUCCACCACAGGAGGUAUCCACAGUUCAAUGUGCCCCUUGUGAGCAAGCAAUCACUCUGGAGAAUAUCGCAAGCAGUUACUGUAUGGCAGACGUGGUGUUAAGAGCUUCUCUGAGGGACGUUACUCUCAACUCGAAUGGAGCUUCGCUGAAACUCCUACCCAGCUCUAGAACGCAAGCUUUCAAGCUGUUGCGGAGAGAUGGUACCAUAUCAACCAGUUUCGAUCCGAAACACUGGGAGAACCAAAACCGUCAGAGGAAAGUACGACAUCGGUUGCUACGGUCCCGAAUGUAUCGUCAUAUAGAGCCCAAUAGAGCCGAAGAUACAAUGAAGCCAGCCUCUUCGGUAAAAUAUCCGGUACCGCAAAUGGAAAAUUGGUUGACACGGGCACGCCGAUCUAAGUCGUCCGGGUCCACCAGUUGGGUUGGGCCAUCGGACCGAAGUCGCAGCAACGGCUUGGGUAAAAGGAAUGCGAAACGGAGGCGAAGGGUUAGAAACUCCCAUUUAAGCGAUAUUGAUGGAAUAACAGAAUUACAAUUGAGCUGUUCGGCUUGCUCUGGUUUAUCACAAUUCAACACAGCAUCGGAAUAUUCUGGCAUGAACUCAAAUCGAUGGUUGAUCAUGGGACGCCGAAUACCAGAUGCCAAGACGAAAACAUUUACAAAUCAAGUCCAGGUCACUUUUCUCGCAUUGUGGGACCGUGAUUCACAAGAAUUUCGAAAGGCGCUCCACACAAUUCGCACCCAGCCAAUAGCACAACUCUGUCCAAAAAAUUCGGCUCUUGCCCUUGACUUAGCUGAACUUGGCGAUGCCGUAUCAACAAGAAAUCUGAAAAUCUUGCGUUCAGCUCCAUCGGAACUUUCGGAUGCGCCAAACACAGUACACAAGCAUGGUGAACAACGGGUGCAUCCCUUGGAAAAUCGCGUUCUUGGUACACGUAAUGAAAGCAUUGUGCCAAACGUUACCAAUUUAAGAUUGAUGCACAUAAAACCUACAAACCAGCCCAAAUCCAUUGUUGGCAUAAGCAAUGGCGGUGAGCAUUCUCAGCAACUAAUUUCAGCAAUCGGGCGCCAUGUACCGACACGUAUGGAGGCACAACCUUAUGGAGUUUCAGACCUAACCCCGGGCAUGUCAGCAUGGAAGCCAAAUCAACAACAUGUACAACGACGGCACACUUCAAGCGAAUCGCAAAGUAAUCUUGGUGAAAUUUGGCAAUCACCGGGUUCCAGAUGGUCUGAAGAAAGACCAAAUCGGUGGAUUCCGGUCAAAGACAUUGGGAAGGUGGGACGCGGCCGGCGUGGACGUGAAGGGAGACAGGGAAGACGAAAGCCUAAGGAGUCUCGACGCCAUGCGCAGUAUGUGGAUUUGCAUGAGCCACAAUGGAAACCACCAGUAAAACAAGAAGCUUCAGCUUUUGAACACGCUCCAUUGCGACAACAUCCCAUAAACCCGUACGUGAAUGAGGAACCAAUAUCAUACGCCAGUCCGUUCUGGUAUCCAUGAAGGGCGGUGGUCCAAUCUCAUUGAUGAGUUAGAUCUGCCACUCGGAACACAGGGUAUUGAUGCAUCAGUGUUGAUACUGAGGAUAUUUUUCAACCAAUUUUUCACUAAGUAUUUAGAUCCCAGUCAACACACAAACUUAACAAUGUGCACCUUCUUGAAUUGGGACGAAUUCGCAUUGGUUCGUAUGUCACAAAAUUGGUCUAUCAAGUCCACUUGUUCACUAAUCGCGAUUCGAUGUCUGACUUCAGACGAAGGGCUGGAUCUUCUGUCUCACACUCUCUAGGUGCUCGGACUUUCAAAUGCACUUACGGAAAACGUGUAACGUCGCGCAAAUCCGAUACUUUUCCAAUGUAAUCAUGAUAUUUGUUUUAGAAAAAACCAUGAAAACGCAUCUCUACCUCAUAACGGAGAAGUUUGCCAGCCCUCACCUGAUCUCAUUUGUAAAACACAUUCUAAAGAGGGCAAGUUCCUACAUCAUAGUUGACCUUCUCUUACUUUAUACUUGGUCAUUAUUUUAGGCCGUUAAUCGAUUACACAUUGUUAAUUAUGUGGUUCCUUCUGUAUGCAUUCUCCGCUUUCCCUU